AAGCAGGCAUAACCGCCACCCGCUUCAACAGUAAGUAGGUUAAGUUUAAAUCGCUGACCGUUGAAAAAUUUGAAUUGCUUCUCAUGCACAUAAGCCAAACUGAUUUCUUAAAUACUCUUUGCUUAAUUUCGGUUAUUCUUUGUUUCGUCGGAUCAAUUUGCUAGUAACCUUUUACAGUUUUCUUGGCAAGAGUAUUUUUUUUGGCAGCAACGCUUGGGUAUGCUAGUCCGUUGACAUUUAUAUCUGGAACAGAUUGGAUUUCAACAUUGGACUCAAUAAAAAACAUAUAAUCAAAACAGAAGUUUCGCAAUCUGGUUUUUUAGCUGAUCAAAGCUGUCUGAACUCAUAUAAUAUUUGGAAAACGGGCAACAUGCAGUUAUUAUUCAUAGAUCGAUAGUUGAAUAUGCACGGGUCGCGUUCCUUAACACUCUUGGCCACUUUGGGCUGUAUUCUUGCCCUCUCGCUUGGGGAGCCGCUAGAUGAGCUUAACACGCGGGACGUUAACGAACUUUAUGAGCGCUUCGCUCGCGCCUUAAUGGAUAUUCCCCGCAUUCCGUCCCAGGCUUAUGGACCGCCAGUCAUUUACAACUCACAGUCUAGCUACAGUCCGUCCUCGCCAGGUCAAAGUUACUCAGCGCCGAAGGCUCCAAGCUACUCAGCACCUGCGGCUUCAAGCUACUCUGCACCAAAGGCUCCUUCCUAUUCAGCUACCGCUGCGCCAAGCUAUUCUGCUCCAGCUGCUCCUAGCUACUCAGCACCAGCAGCCCCAAGCUACUCUGCACCAGCGGCUCCAAGUUAUUCAGCACCAAAGGCUCCUUCCUAUUCAGCUCCCGCUGCUCCAAGCUACUCUGCUCCGGCUGCUCCCAGUUAUUCUGCUCCGGCUGCUCCUAGCUAUUCAGCACCAAAGGCUCCUUCUUAUUCGGCUCCCGCUGCGGCAAGCUAUUCUGCUCCUGCUGCUCCCAGCUAUUCUGCUCCAGCUGCUCCUAGCUACUCAGCACCAGCGGCUUCAAGCUACUCUGCACCAAAGGCCCCUUCCUAUUCGGCACCCGCUGCGCCAAGCUAUUCUGCUCCUGCUGCUUCUAGCUACUCAGCACCAGCAGCACCAAGCUACUCUGCACCAGCGGCUCCAAGCUAUUCAGCACCAAAGGCUCCUUCCUAUUCGGCGCCCGCUGCUCCAAGCUAUUCUGCUCCUGCUGCUUCUAGCUAUUCUGCUCCAGCUGCUCCUAGCUACUCAGCAUCAGCAGCACCAAGCUACUCUGCACCAGCUGCUCCAAGCUAUUCAGCACCAAAGGCUCCUUCCUAUUCGGCGCCCGCUGCUCCAAGCUAUUCUGCUCCUGCUGCUUCUAGCUAUUCUGCUCCAGCUGCUCCUAGCUACUCAGCAUCAGCAGCACCAAGCUACUCUGCACCAGCGGCUCCAAGCUAUUCAGCACCAAAGGCUCCUUCCUAUUCGGCGCCCGCUGCUUCAAGCUACUCUGCUCCGGCUGCUCCCAGUUAUUCUGCUCCGGCUGCUCCUAGCUAUUCAGCACCAAAGGCUCCGUCGUAUUCGGCGCCCGCUGCGCCAAGCUAUUCUGCUCCAGCUGCUCCUAGCUACUCUGCACCAGCGACUCAAAGCUAUUCUGCACCUGCGGCUCCAAGUUAUUCAGCACCAAAGGCUCCGUCGUAUUCGGCGCCCGCUGCGCCAAGCUAUUCUGCUCCUAGCUACUCUGCACCAGCGGCUCAAAGCUAUUCUGCACCUGCGGCUCCAAGUUAUUCAGCGCCAAAGGCUACAAGCUAUUCGGCACCCGCUGCCCCUAGCUAUUCUGCUCCUGCUGCUCCUUCAUAUUCAGCACCCGCUGCUCCAAAUUAUUCCGCAUCAAAGGCUUCGGAAUACGCUGCACGUAUGUUGGGAUCAGCAUACGCACCGCCUACAGGUGGCAAUGGAGGAUCGUAUGUCUCUGCUCCAGCUUGCCCUAAUAAUUAUGUAUUCAGUUGUAAGAGCGUCUUUCAACCCGUUCCAUGCGCUAGUCAAGGAUCCUCAUAUUAA